AUGGAGUUAAAUCGCACCGAAAACUUUUUCCAACACGUUUCUCAACGAUUUGAUGACAACUGCACCACACUGUUAAAAUCAUGGAUUAAAUGCAAAAAGAAGAUCCACAUUUUGAAACAACAAUUGACUUUUCUGAUUCGUUGCCGAAGAUACGAUUUGAUUCCUACACACAUCACUAAUAUAAAAAUUGACGUCGUGUUUCGUAGCAAUUGUGUUAAACGCAAGUUCGAUAAUUUUAAAAAAGCAAAUCAGUAUAAAUUAUUGAACUUCGAGAUUGAAGAUCAAAACAUAAAUUUGAAUUAUCUACAAAGCAAAGUUGAAAACAUUGAAAAAUGUCUCUUUCAAUGGUUACCGCAUGAUUUGGUGAAAGAAUUUUUUGUACUUAAUAAACAGAGACUCACAUCCUUUGAUUUCAGUGUAAAAAACAACUUGAUCAAGAAGUUCAAUAAUUUGAAAUUAAAAUACAACACUUGUAGCCAGCCUUUUUCAAACAUUGAUAAGUCUAAGUGGUUUGUGAACCUAAGCAGCAAAAACAUACCGGACACGGUCUCUGAUUUGUUGAGCCUCGGUGACAGUUUUGCAUUGCCUAUUGUACAGGAUCACAAUAAUGAUCGUACCAAUUACGUUCUGGAUGUCGUCAAAAAUUUUGAAGAAAAGAGCAAUAUUUUACCCACGGAUUCCAUUGAAACAACCAGGAUUUCCGUGGCAAACAUUCUCCAAAGGUUCCUCUCCACCAAAACACAUAUUAAUUAUGGUGAGAGAUACAUCCUUAACUCCUUUAAUGCUUCUAAGAGAUUUUUACGCGAGAAUAACGAUAUUAUGGUCACGAGAGCUGACAAGGGUCAGAUUACCGUGGCUAUGGAUAAAAAAGAUUAUUUUAACAAUAUGGACAUGCUGCUGGGGGACCAAAUCACUUACAAAGAAUUGAAAAGGGACCCUUUGAACAAAUUAACUAACAAUCAAUGGGUCAAUGGGUUAGUCAUGGAAUCAAUGGGUUAG